UCUGAAGUUAAUAUGAUUAACAUAGAUAAACUUAAACUAUUAAAUGUUCCUGUUGCAAAAAUUCUAGUGAUACAUACAGGCAGUAAUAAAGCUAAGAAAACUGAUUCUGGCAUGGUAUAUAGUCUCAAAGCCCAGAUUUUACUUGCAAAAAGAGCCCAA